UGAGAAUCUGGCUGAGGCAAAUGCAUCAGAGGAGGACAAAAUAAAAGCUGUCAUGUUCCAGUCCAGCCUCUGUUACUAUUCUUCGAAGAUUCAACUUUUGUUGGGGGUAAACGCAUUCGGAGAAGCACAGGAAUUCCUGUCAGCUUCCUAAUGGAGGUGGAGGACCCCAACAUGAAGGGAGUGAUGCUGAGCAGCAGCGGAAAGCAUGUCAUUCCCAUUAUUAAUGCUGAGGCUUACGCAUCUCAGAAGAAAGAGAAUCCACCUUUCUUACCCCAGAUCGAGUCCUCCUCGUCGACCUCAGAUGGAGAUCCAGUGCCCGAUGCCUUUCUGUGUAAGAUCUGUAAAGAUCUCAUCACCGAUGCUGUGUCGACUCCCUGUUGCAGCAGCAGCUACUGCGACGACUGUAUCCGAUCGUGUCUGCUGGAUUCAGAAGAACAUGUUUGUCCCACCUGCAAACAGUCUUGUGUGUCUCCUGAUUCUCUGAAUAUAAACACGUUCUUACGCCAGGAAGUGAACCGUUUUAAGAACAGAGCCGAGGGGUCUGAUUUCUCACACCAGCAAAGACCCCUUCACUCUCAAUCAGCAUGUUCCACCACAAGCCCGAGCCUCAGCCAUGGAUCCAGCUCGAUUUCUUCUGAACCUCAGAGCUCUCGCACAAAUUUACCCUCUGGUAAGAGGCGACGGGACUUGAGCGAGAAUGAUGAUGAAGACAAUGGCUCCACACCUCUCCACAAGAAAACCAAGCAUACUGCUGUGUAAAGAACAUCCAGAGCGCUUCAUCAUCAUAAUGUAUAUAUUAUGUAUAUAUUAUGUAUAUAAUAAGAUAGCACGGACUUAAUAAAGAGUUAUAUAGUUUGUUAA